AUGAAGACUGGAGUUUUAGCAAGUGCCUUGGAGCCUGGAGUGCGGCUGACAGAACCAACGGCUGUCUCUCACCUAUCUCCCACUGCUCUUGGAGAAGAAGCCCAAGAGGAGCUAAUUGAGGCGGAUGAGCUCCAGCUUCCAUCACUGGUCACUGCCGAGCCUGAAUAUUCCGAGCCUGUGCUUCUAGAGAGAGAGCAGGAGCAGAUUGCUUCAUCAGAGAUGCCAUGGCAGACUCAGGGAGAGCUGUUCCCAGCCCAAGAGCAGGAAGAGCAGCUCAGGGAGCAGGUGGAAGAGCCACAGGAGAAUGGCCAGAAGAUCAAGGCAGAGCCACAAGCAGAGCUGCCCGAAGCUCAGAGUGACAUCAUGGACAUGAAGAGAAAGAGCAAGGAAGACUUGAGAAGUAUUCAAGAGGAGAAUCUCCAGCAGCAGAGGGGCGAUCAACAAAACCAGGUGAGUGAAAAAGUGGCAGGCACUCCACCCAUGAAAUAUCCUCUCUCUUUUUUUUUAGAGAAGAUUAAGGCACAGCUGAAUGCAGAGCUUCAGACAGCUCAAAUUCGGAUGAAGGCAAGGCUGAAGAGGCUGGAGGAUGAAAUGAAAAUCAUCAGAAAGAAACUUAAUCCCCUCCCUCAGGCUCUACAAAAGCAAGUGCAAGUGUUGACAUCUGACUGGACAGCCUGUGAAGAUUUCCAGCAAAUGUCUGCCACUGAAGGGCCCCAAGUUAGGAGUGAGGCGCAGGAACAGUGCCCACCAGAAGUGCUGCAGGUUGGACAUGAGCUGAAGAUGGUGCAGGAAAAGAGGAUGCAGUGGGAUGAGGCAGAACUCUUAAACGAGGAGUUGCAAGUGUGUCUGCAGCUCUUGGAGGGGGAAGGGAAUCCUUGA